UACCAUUUUCAAACGGACUUUUUUCAAUCAGUAAAAAACUGAGAUACAGAAUGCGAUUCUCCAUCCUUGUGUUGCCGCUAGUGCUUUUAAUGAUUAACAUUGAUGAUGCAGAAAGUGUGAACACUACGCAACGGUACUUCAUAACGAUAGAUAUUGGCAAUGCAAGAGUUAACGGACAGUACGGCGUAGACAAUAGGAGGAGCUUGAAUCUGAUUGAGAAUACCCUGUGUGAAACAAGACCUCCGCGUAAUUCUGAAAACCCUGUCACGUGCUUUCUCAAAUUUAAGAUUGUUGGGGAGCCAAGAGUAUUUGUUGUGGUUGACGUCCUUGACAGUAUGGAAUUAGAACGUCGACUUAGAUCGUUAAUUCGUUCCAGUACUUUCCGGUACGAAUCUGAGCCUCUCAUAGAUUACGUCAAAUUUGCAACAGAAAUCCUUGGAAUUGAUCCUACAUUGGCUGUGCUUGAAGGCAAUACCCUUAGAAAUAUUCCAGAAGCCCUUUGGUGUGAAUUCAACAUUAAUUUCGGUGACAAAAAUGCCACGGAAAUACUGUCAAUCUGGAAACAAGAGGCGGAAGUGGUGUUUCAAGCCAGGAAAUCUGGUACUCCGACAGAAGUAUUCAAAACACUCGGCGAACGAACGGUACAUUUGAUGGUAGAAAUGGACGCUACCGCAUUUGAUCAGCUAUUGUUUGGAACACCCUUCAACCAGCAGAUCCCAAAUACACUUUCAACCACGUGCAAAACCAUCGUCAGCUUUGAUAAGGUUCUCCGUCCGUGACACUGUAGCUACAGAUGCAACUGUGGUUUUGAAACAUCUUGAAGGUCAUUAAAAUAACUAAUCGACUGAA